CAUUGUUUAGCUCACUCUAGAAUUGGGUCAAGAAUUGGUUUUACUCCAUGUACAGUUAACCAUCUUAUUUUUUUAUCUCGAGUUCAUCUGCAAUGCUCGCCGCUCCCCUGCGCCGGGGCUCGUUUGGUCUACAAACCAUAGCUCUAGCUCGGCGGAGCUAUAUAGAAAUCGCAAACUUGCUUCACGAAAGACAAUUGAGGGGCAAAAUAUCGCAGAGUCGCACUCUUCCUAACAGAAGGAACUACCACAGCAGGCCACCUCUGCGGCAACAAUGCAGGAGCAUCGAGGAGGUCUCUACGGUGCUCGGACAAUACAAAAGCUCUGUUGAAUUUCCGAGUGCCACACACUCCUUUACAGAUCUUUUGCAGAAUGCCAAUUCAGGCGACACGGUCAUCAUCCACGGCUACCUCGGACAUCGGGCGGACCUUUCGAAGAAGCUGUCUUUCGUACGGAUAACAGACACAACCAUGCGCCAGAAUAUUCAGAUCAUUUCUUCCGCCAAGGAAAAUGCACAUCAGAAACUAAAGUCGAUCUCGGCCAACAGCCCUGUCGCAAUCCGCGGGACGAUCCAGACGAAGAAAGGUAGCACUGGUGAAAAAGAGAGAUCGGAUAUCGAGAAAAUCGACAGUCUAGAAAUCCAACUAGAGGACAUUUGGCCGCUCAACGAAUUCCCCAAAGAUAUAAUAAUGACUCCCGAGACUGUUUUCCCUGCGGAAUACAGGUAUUUGCAACUUCGAUCAGAUCGAAGUCUGCGGGAAGCGCUUCAGUUUCGUUCGAAUGCUCGUAGGAUUUGCAGAGAGGAACUUGAGAAUUGCUCACCGCCGUUUGCAGAGAUUGAGACGCCACUGUUAUUCAAAUCUACGCCGGAGGGUGCGCGUGAAUUCCUAGUGCCAACUCGUCGUAAGGGGUUUGCGUAUGCUCUUCCACAGAGCCCUCAACAGUAUAAGCAGAUCCUAAUGGCAAGUGGUAUUCCAAGAUAUUACCAAUUUGCUCGCUGCUUCAGAGAUGAGGAUCUACGAGCGGAUAGACAGCCAGAGUUUACUCAGCUUGACCUCGAGAUGUCCUUCGCAACUGGAGAAGACGUUAUGACGAUUAUAGAACGUGUUAUCCGAAAGCUUUGGUCAACAUUACUGGACGAAACCCCAGCGUCCGGACCAUUCAAAAGAUUGUCUUACCAAGAUGCAAUGAGUCGAUUCGGGUCUGAUAAACCAGAUACUAGAUUUGGAAUGGAAAUCACCAGACUCGACUAUGUGCUGCCCAUAGAUUUAGUCCAGAAAAUUUCCCCUCUGACAUCACCAAUCGUGGAAGCUUUCAAACUACCCUGUGAAGAAAAUGACCCUGCCAAAACCUUGGAUUUCAUCACACGCUUCUUGGAUUCCCCGGCUGGAGCCGCGUUCAACAACAACCCAGAUGGUGGGCCGGGAAUAUUCGUCUACGAUGCCAAGAAGCCCCUGCAUGGCUUGAUGCCUUUCGGCUUCGAAGCUGCAGAACGUGUCGAGGAGAUUCUAGAGCCGGACCAUGGCGAUCUCAUCGUCUUGCAGGCACGCAAAAACGUACCCUUCGCAGGAGGCUCUACCCCUCUCGGCGACCUUCGCAAAGCCCUUCACUGGGAAGCCGUCAAAUCCGAUAUCAAGGACGCGCCCACCGGCUUCGACUUCCUCUGGAUUGUCGAUUUUCCUCUAUUCUCUCCAACAAACGAAAACGAACCAGGUCAAGGCGGCGCAGCUGGCCUGUCCUCGACACACCAUCCUUUCACGGCUCCCAAGUCCGCCGCCGACGUUGACCUCCUUCUGACAGACCCAGCUGCAGCAGUCGCAGAUCACUAUGACCUAGUUGUCAACGGCGUUGAGCUAGGUGGCGGAAGCCGUCGUAUUCAUGACGCUCGAGUACAAGAAAUUGUAUUCAGGGAAAUCCUCCAGAUGCCAGCAUCUCGUAUAGCGGACUUUUCGCAUCUACUAGAAGCCCUUCGAGCAGGGUGUCCGCCGCAUGCAGGCAUUGCCCUGGGCUUUGACCGGCUGAUAGCUGUCAUGCUGGGUAAGGAGUCGGUUCGUGAUGUGAUUGCGUUUCCCAAAACUGGAAAGGGAGAGGAUGUGAUGGUGGGCUCUCCGAGUGAGAUGUCUGAAGAGUUAUUGGCGACGUACCAUCUUCGUUUGAGACAAUAACCACAAUAACCCCUGUACAAUUAUAUGUAAAUCACCCU